CAAUCUUGCAGCCUAUAUGUUUUGAUUUCUUCAAUCUUGCAGGAUGUAUGUGACGUAGGAAGCCAUUCAGAUGUGACGGAUGAAAGUAAUGGAGAAAAAGCUCAAGGUUCCACACUACUCCUACCCUCACUCUGUGAUACAAUGCCUAUGGCCAAUGAGGUUGACCUUGAAACUUCUUCACAUGGUUCACUUGAUAAUUCAGUAACAUCACCUGAUAAGUGCUGCAAAAGUUGCGGUUCCAAACCUGUGGAACUAGGUGCUUCUCUUUCUGGAGACAACGGAGGAAAACAUAUAUCUGAGAGUCCUAAAAGUGAGUCUUCGCAUCCACAGAGCUGUAAAUGUAUCUCUGAGCAAUCUUCAUCAACGAUUCGGUCAAACUCUAGAGGUGGUUCCUUUUGUAGUAAUGCUACUACCAUCCAGAAGAUAGAUUAUCCCUUAGUUCCAGCGGCAAAGGAAAAGUCUGAUGCCUGUGAUACUGUGCUCACUGCGCUAAAGCAAGCUAAGCUGUCUCUGCAAGAGAAAGUCAAUAGCUUACAUAUCAGAAAACCUGAGUAUCUUUCUGAGAGCUCUUAUCCUUCAACGCCAAGUUCAUAUAUGAACACACUACCUAUAGAGCCAGCAUUUGAAACCAGACCAUCUCUCCCUGCUUCCAACGUCGGGUCCAUGCUAGAGUUUCCUGUUGGCUGUGCUGGACUUUUCAGAGUACCCACUGAUUUUUCACCUGAUGCGUCAACGAGGAACAGCUUUUUAGCCUCGAGUUCUCAGAAAGCUCUUGUUAACCAUAUACCUGAGAGAGACCUUCCUUUGUUACCUGGAGAUCAGCUUUUCACCAAAACUUUACUAGACACAGAGCGGCCUUUGACCACCCCAUACAUUGGUGGACCAAAACUAUGGACAGGCUUCAGGGAAGAUGGUGAACCGGUUGUGGAUACUCAAGAAGCCAGACUUUAUAAAGGCGCACCAAGGGUCUCAGGGAGUGUCAGAACAUCUGGUUGUGAAGGUAAACAACUAUCCUCAACUAGCUUCAGCUUAGAUAGACAGGUAAGUACAUAUAAUCCCCUGUCAAUGUCACCUAGUCCAAGUUUGUAUCCUGAUCCAGUUCUGCGUAGUAGAGAAAUGUAUUCGACUCCUUAUUACACGCGUGCGGUUGGGCUGCCUCCUACUGGUGGUUCAAGUGACGGCUUAUUUAGGCGAGAGUAUGAUUGAUUCUGUUGGAGUGUGUGUUGUUGUGUACCAUGUUUGUAGACUGUAUGUACCGGCCUUGUAUGAAUUUGGACAGACACUACUGUAAAGAAGAGGCAAAAAGUGAUGUAUGUGGUGAUUCAUAGCUUUUGUAAUUAUAGGUCAGCAGUACGGUGGGGUAUUAAAUCAAGGUUUCUUGAUUAUGUUGUAUCUUCA